ACGAGUUGGUUUGGCUCGUGAACCCGGGAGCCAGAAGUGAUACUGUUGAGUCACCUCAGCGUGGUUCUUUCCGCGUUGUUACCUUGCAACGGCCAGCCAAGUGGGCUUGCAUUUUCCCCUUUUCAAAUUGCAGAAAUCACCUUGGCACCCUAUGCGGCAGACCAAUUUGGAAUCCAGGAACAAGGUGUUCCUUGGCUCCUUUGUGCACAGCAAGGUGCUCGACGAGCUCGAGUACCUGCACCAAACGGCUGUCUUUGUCGACAAGUCCGGAACGAUUGUCGCCAUCGAGAAGGACUGCGAUGAGUCCAAAGCAAGGGAGACGGUACUCCCUCGAUUGGGGUGGGCGGAGGCAGAUGUGGAGGUUGUGAAGGCUAAAGAGGGACAGUUCUUCUUCCCUGGGUUUAUCGACACGCACAUCCACGCUCCGCAAUACCCCAACGCCGGGAUAUUCGGCAGCUCUACACUGCUUCAAUGGCUCAAGACGUACACCUUUCCGAUGGAGGCCUCCCUUUCGGAGGCGGCCAAAGCCCGCCGGGUCUACACGCGCGUCAUCCGCAAGACUCUCUCCCACGGCACCACCUGCGCGGCCUACUACGCGACUAUUGACGUCUCCUCGACCAAUCUCCUCGCCGACCUCUGCAUGGGAUUUGGCCAGCGCGCCCUCAUCGGCCGCGUCUGCAUGGACUCGGAGCUCUCUCCGGACUACUACCGCGACGCCUCCCCCGAGGCCUCCAUCGCCGCCACCAAGGCCACCAUCGCGCACAUCCGCAGCAUCGACCCAGCCUUUUCGCUCAUCCGGCCCGUAAUCACGCCUCGCUUCGCGCCCGCCUGCACCCUCCCCCUCUUGCGGCAGCUCGGGGCCCUGGCAGAGGAGACGGCCCUGCCGGUGCAGACGCACAUAUCCGAGAACAAGCCGGAAAUCGCGCUGGUGCAGGAGCUCUUCCCGCGGUCGCUGACGGGCGCGGCGGACGGCUCGUACGCGGCCGUCUACGACGCGGCGGGCCUGCUCAAGCCGCGGACGGUGCUCGCGCACGCGGUUCACCUGACGGAGGGCGAGGCGGACCUGGUGGCGGCGCGGGGCGCCAAGGUCAGCCACUGCCCGUGCAGCAACUCGGCGCUGACGAGCGGCGCGGCCCCCGUCCGCCGGCUGCUGCUCGACCGCGGCAUCGUCUGCGGCCUGGGCACCGACGUCAGCGGCGGCUACAGCGCCAGCGUGCUCGAGGCGGCGAGGCAGGCCGCCCUCGUCAGCCGCCACGUCGCGUUCGGGCCGGGCGGGCAGGAGCGGGACAAGCUCGGCGUCGAGGAGGUCCUCUUCCUCGCCACCAGGGGCGGGGCCGAGGCGGUCGGGCUCGGGGACAAGGUCGGCGGGUUCGAGGUCGGGAUGGAGUGGGACGCGCAGCUGAUCGGGCUGGGCGCCAUCCGGGAGGACGGGGAAGAGGAGGAGGUGGAUGAUGAAGAGGGCGGCGGCGGCGGCGCCGGGAACGUGGACGUGUUUGGCUGGGAGAGCUGGCCCGAGAGGGUGGCCAAGUGGGUGUACGCUGGAGACGACCGCAACACCAUCAAGGUGUGGGUCAAGGGGCGGUUGGUACAUCAGCGAAAGUAAGGGGAGGGGACACGGGGAAAAGGAAGAGACGAGUCUCCCAGGCCAUCCCCAUUUGGAGAAGCAACCAGCCGCAGUCCCCCCUCCCCUGAGCUCAAGCCUCAAAUUGAGCUUCGUAGGGUGCGCAUCUUGGGCAGUGCCCCUGCUGACUUAUCGCGGAAGAUGGUGGAUCAUGCCCAUUCUCUAGGUAUUAGAUUAUGUAAAAUACGGUACACUAGAUGGCGCUCAUGGUCUUAGAACUCCUGGCUCACAGUUAGUCAAAUACCAUGUCCCUUAUACUUCACAGAUGUACAUACAGAUCUGGUCAUUAGCGGAAGGCAUGGAGGCUGCUCGCGGCCUGCGGCUGUGUAACAUACAUUAGAGCAUGCUCCGCGUCUCGG